UAUCAGAAGGUGGCGGUAAUGCAUACCACAGUGUUGCUUGCCAACCACCAUUAAACCAAAGAAGUAGAAGAAGAAGAGGACGAAAAAUAAGUGUCGUUCGGUCCAACCAUUCUCUGCCUGUGGGUUCCCUUGUUGCACUGCUCUAUUUACGGGACAGCAAGAACUACACAUCAUGGUGAAAACUGCUAGAUAUGACAACUUGGAGAACGAAACAUUCUCUCCUCUUCCUCCACCUCUGUCUCCAGGCCAGGGAGGAUACCCGUUUGGAAAUGAUGAAAAAGACGGUGAAGUGUCCCAGCUUGCUGAGGUUCCGACUGCCAAAAGAAAAGGAGUGAAGAGACCCCAGCCCAAGCUGGACUCCCACAGGCUGACGUCGGAUAAAGGACUUCCAGCACUGCGAACGCUUUUUGACAAUGUCCGCUUUAAAGGAAAAGGGCAUGAGGCGGAAGAUGUGCGACUACUGGUGCAGAAGAUGGAAAACUGGGCACACAGGUUGUACCCCAAGCUUCAGUUUGAAGAUUUUAUUAACAGAGUGGAGAAGCUGGGCGCCAAGAAGGAGGUUCAGACUUGUCUCAAACGGAUACGCCUUGAUUUGCCACUGACACAUGAUGAUUUUACUGGUGAAGAGGAAGCUCCUCCUGAGUCUCACAUCUUAGAAGAACCAGACCAGUUCAUCAGUCAGAGCUUCCCUAGCGAAGAGCCAGGACCAAUCCACUCCACCCCGGCACCUGCUGGUCCACCGGCCCCCUCUUUGACUGAUGAGGAGCGCCAACGUAUGGAGCUGAACAGACAGCGAGCCCUGGAGAGGAAGAUAGCUCGCCAGCAGCGACUAACAGACCACCAGACAGUUGGCUCGUCACUGCAAGCAGACGACUCCUCAGUGGACGCAUCAGAGCCUUCUGUCCACUCUUCCACAGGUCAAGACAAAGAUGAGAAGCAAAGUAGCAGCAGCAGUUCACCCCAGCUGCUGAUUAAUGACUUACAGUCAACCCCCUUGUGUGAAAAAGUAGUGACAGAGCCCACCCCUGCACCCGGCAACAGUUAUGAAGAUUAAUGUGGAGUAUUGCUGAUGUACAAGCGUAUUAAAACUUUAUUUUUCAUAAACAAGGGAAAAGAUUGAAAUAUACAUGAUAUUUGAAUAAAAAGUUGUUGUGACCUUUUUACUGGUACUAAUUGUACAGCCUGUAAAGACCACCAAUUGUAACGCCUUGUCCUAUUUUAUAAACAAUUACUGACAAAACAAAAUGUGAUGACUUUAUUGUAAACGGUCACUGUGGACAUUUCAGUACAAAUUGAUAUUAAAAUCUAUUUGCACA